GGGGGGUAGUUGUCACAAACACCCAACGCAUCUGCAGGUUCGUGGCGGCGGCGCUAACGCUAACGCGUUGCUCCUCUGUAGCUGUAGGAAAACCUGGGUAUUUGCAAACAAUUUAUUCCCUUUUUUCUUUUUUUUUGUGACAGACUUGAAAGCUGCAGCAGCAAGAUGUAGCUCAUGUAGAUCCUCUGGUGUUUACCACCCACCCCCCACCCCCCCUUUGGUGGCAGGAUACAAACACAAUACAAAUAUAGACUCUUGCAAAUGAGAGUUACGGCUGGAGCCACGGAGGAAAACAUAAAUUGCAUUGUGCUUGAACUCAGUUUAUUGUGGCAUCACCAACUUCCCCUAUUGUCUCAGUUAGCUGGAGGAACGCCCCGUCCCUGCGCCGCUGGGUAAUCAUGGGCGUGAUCCGUUUGACAUUCCCGCGCCGUGUAGCUCGGCGUUGCGGGGCGAGCGGUGCACCGCUGAUUAGACUGGGAUUGUGUGUUUGUGCGCGUUCACUCUGACGAGGGCAUUAGGCGCUUUGUGUCCGUACGGGGACUCGUUUGUUGGAGCCCCACUGAAAACCAAACGUACAUAUUUUUCCGCCCGUGUCUUUGCUACCGAGGCGGAACGGCACCCCAGACGUAACCUGCAGCCCGUUCCACCUCCGACGAGGAGUUACAGAUGCUGUGUGGGCCUCUGGGCGCCACCUGCACUGCUGCAGACGGGAGCCGUGUCCCACGCACUUGAAAUAGAUGUAAAGUUUCAAUUAGACACAGGAAAGAAGAUUGGGUUCAGCUGAUGCUGGAGAUGUGAUGACGUCAGAAACCCAGACCCGGGUCUGAGUCGAGGCCUCUCUGAGUCGAUCAGGGGUCCUCGUGCUUGACUGAGCCUGGCUCGCUCUCAUCCAACGGUUGAGGCCGCCUCACUCACGCUCGCGUGCGCUAAUUGCACCGUGCGAGUGGGCGGAUGGACGGUCAGCAUGUGCUGGUGCAGUAGGAGCCAGUGGAACCGCUUCAGACGUCGCCUGGACCCUGCGGGAAUGGCGCCGCCUCGCACGUUUGCCCUACAAACACACUUCCUCCGGUCACAGGAUAAUAGCGUAGCUCCAGCGCGACUGCGGGAGUCAUUGUUUAGCAGUUCAGGCCUUAAAUGGAACUAUGGAUUCUCAUUUCCAGCUGAACGAGGGCACUUGAUCUCUUCGGUUAUGUUUACUGGAGUGCUGCAGAAUCAAGCCGAGGCUCUUAGCGUUUGGAACCUUAAUGCGAUGUCUUCCUUUUUGUAAUUACUCCCACACACAGACGACCGAGCCACAUUAACCUUUUGGCAGGGGACACACAUGGACCACUUUUAAAAGCCCCGUCCUCGUGCUGCUUCCCAAACGGUUGUUAGCUUUAUUACUGUAUGCCCGUUUCAACUGCGUCCAUUUCGAAUUCAUUCUGCCCUGCAGGUCUGGCUCAUUAUUGGUCAUAAGAGUCAUUGUUGCUCUGCGGUACUGUUGUUUGAGGAGGAAAAAAAAGCCAAAUCCUGUGAUCUCUGACUUGAAGGAAAUCACAGUUAAUACCGCAGCCAGAUGUAUGAUUAGUGUUUAACAGUAUGUGAAGCACUGGGCUGCGAAUGGGUCCCCUGAGUAGUUCGGUUUUGCUGACUUGUUGUUUAUUACACGAUUAAACUGAAGUAUUUGAUGCAAUCUAGCUUUUGGCAAAGUAAUAUUUCUGAUGCCAAAGUCUAAAGUGAUAUAUGGGGAAGCAAGAAGCCAUCCCUCAUAAGAUAGAGCAGCAAGUGGGAAGGAAAAACACCUUCAUGUAAAUGACCUGAUGCAGAAACGUCAUAAUCUAAUAAUCUAAUAUAAAUAUAGUUUUAGUUUUAUAACAAUAAAUGCAUUGUUAUGCAGACAUGGGCAGUGCUUUUUAUAAUAGCUGUUAAAAUAAUCACACACAGAGCUGUUGGUAAUUGCAGUUAGACCACGCUGGUCUGUGCAUGUGAGAGCUUUCUAUCCAGUGACUCACGCGGUGCCGAGCCUCCAGGGCUGGAUGAUGGAGGAGGCAGGUGUGAUCAUUGCCAGUCUCCAGACGACAGCAUUAUGCUCCUCGGGGGUCUAAAUCCGCUCCCUCUGCCCUUUAAUUUAUUUAUUCCAACCAAUUCUCACUUCCCGUUCUUCUUCUUCUCUUUUCCAUAUGCCGUUGACCCGUGGCUGCUGGCGCUGCCCCUCGACGUAUAGCUCUUGCGGGUAAAAUGGCUCCGACCAGCUCGGACGCCCUCCUCAGCUCCUCGGCGCUGACCGCCAGCCCUUCGCCGCCCAACGUGUACCUGCCGGCCAACUUCAAGAUGUCCAACGCGCAGCUGGCCUUCUUCCUGCGCGAGGCUCAGACCGCGGGACCGAGCGUCGGCGGCAGGGGCGGCAACGGGCCCGGUUCUGGACACCCACUGCAGCGCUCGGAGAGUUUCGUAGUUUUCCAGACAAAAGACCUGCCCGCCAUCAACAUAAGCUUCGGGCCUUUCGCCCGGGACCAGGCGCUUUCCAAGGAGCUGCUCCAGCCUGCCAGUCCGCUGGAUAUUCCCGGGCAGCUGACGGUCAACUGGAAGGUGCGCGCGUUCAUCGUCCAGGCCCGCGUCUUCUCCAACAACCCCGCGGUGCAGGUGUUCUUCUACAUCGCCGGCCGCGACUGGGACGACUUCAAGGCCCACGACCGGCUGCCCUGCGUGCGGCUGCACGCCUUCCGGGACGUGCGCGAGAUCAAGACCUCCUGCCGCAUGAGGGGCAACCUGGCGCAGUGCUUGGCCCAGCUGGAGCUGCCGCCGGCCUGGUUCAACGCCAACGUGGCGCCGCUGGGCCGCAGGAAGGGCUCCGGCGACGGGCUCCUGGACGGGCUGACGGGCGAGACCCUGCAGGCGGAGCUCUACUACACGCUGCACGAGCCCACGGCGGAGGGGGAGUGCGGCAAGGGCGCGGAGCACAGGGGCGGCGGCGCCUCCAGGGGGGAGCCUCCGUCACAGCACCCCCUGCUGCGCAUCGGCAGCAUCAGCCUGUACCAGGCCAGUCAGGAGCAGCUGCUGGUGGACAAGCAGCUGGACAAGAACAUGUUCCUCAGGCUGCCCGAGAAGCCCCUGAAGCCGGGGGAGACCCUGCGGAUCUUCCUCUACCUGAUGCCCAACUCCACCGUCGAGCAGUUCAGCCUCAAGGUCAAAGCCAAGAAAGGGGUGAACCUGCUCCAGACCAAGUCCAAGAACGCCCAGUGGAAGGUGGACUGGGAGGUUCAGUCCGGCGCCAAGCAUUCCAUCACCACCAUCGAAGUGAACAAGAACAAAGCGGUGAAACAGGGGGACCUGCUGGGCAACGUGGAGGUCAUGCAGCUGGAUUUCGAGAUGGAGAACUUCACCAGCCUCUCGGUGACGAGGAGGAUCAACUGGAACAUCGACUACAAGGGGCAGAACCCGCCCCCCGACUCGGAGAAGGUGGUGACGGAGCUGACGGUGGUGCAGCGGGACAUCCAGGCCAUCAUCCCUCUGGCCAUGGACACUGAGAUCAUCAACACAGCCAUCCUGACUGGACGCACUGUGGCCAUCCCCGUCAAGAUGGUCUCCAUAGAGAUGAACGGCGCCGUCACCGACGUCUCGGCUUCCGUGCAGUGCAAGUCGUCCAACGAAGACAUCGUUAAGGUGUCCAUGAAUUGCGACUACGUGUUUGUCAACGGCAAGGAGACGCGCGGCUCCAUGAACGCCAGGGUGAUCUUCAGCUACGAGCACCUGAGCUCGCCGCUGGAGCUCACCGUGUGGGUGCCCAAGCUGCCUCUGCAGGUGGAGCUCUCCGACAGCAACCUGAGCUUCAUCAAAGGCUGGCGCGUGCCCAUCCUGCCCGACCGAAGGAGCACUAGAGACAGCGACGCCGAGGAGGAGGACGAUGAGCGCCGGGUGAGUCGCGGCUGCACCCUGCAGUACCAGCGGGCUUUGGUCAAGGUGCUGACCCAGUUCCACACCACCUCUACAGAGGGAACGGACCAGGUCAUCACAAUGCUGGGGCCCGACUGGCAGGUGGACGUCACCGACCUGGUCCAGGACUCCCUGAAGGUGGCCGACCCCAGGAUAGCAGAGCUGGUGGACAGAACCGUCCUGGUGGGCCUGGAGCUGGGCUCCACCACGCUGAAGGUGGAGUCUCCGCUGGCGGUGGACGCGGUGCUGGGGGAGUCGGCGUUCUCGGUCACCGACGACAAGGUUUCCAUCACGGAGCUGCGGGUGCACGCCGUGUCGGGCCUGACCCUGUCGCUGCAGCCCAGCCCUGGCAACAGCCACACCAUGGUGGCCAAGGCAACCGGGCUUCAGACGCUCACAGCCUCCAAACAGGAGGCCAGUUUCUCUGUGUGGAUGCUCUUCAGCGACAACACGGCCGCCUCCCUCACGUACUUUGACCCCAAAGACUACAACCUCAACGCCUCCUCGCUGGAUGACAAGGUCGUGUCGGUGACCCAGGAGCCCCAGCAGCGCUGGCCCGUGGUGGUGGCCGAGGGCGAGGGCUCUGGCGAGAUGGUGCGCCUGGAGAUGACCAUCUGCGAGGCCUGCCAGAAGACCAAGCGCAAAAGCGUCAUCGCGUCCGCCGCCGUCUACGUCAAAGUUCGCUUCGGUCCGGAGGAAGACUCCGAGGAAGAGGCCACCACCGAGGGGGAGAUCGAGCUGAUACCCAUCACCAGGCGGCCGGUUAUUGAUCCCAACAUCAGCGGAAGGAUUUAUGAGACAUCCAAUGAGCAGCCGGCCAGCGUUCCCAUAGAUUACACCAAUUUCCCCACUAUUAGCAACCAGGAGCGACCGACGGAGAGCGAUGAAGAAGAGGAAGACGACUUUGUGCAUUCGCCCCGGAACAUGACCGACCUUGAAAUCGGCAUGUACGCCCUCCUGGGAGUGUUCUGCCUGGCCAUCUUGGUCUUUCUCAUAAACUGCAUCGUCUUUGUGCUGAAGUACCGUCAUAAACGGAUCCCGCCAGAGGGUCAGGCCAACAUGGACCACUCCCACCACUGGGUCUUUCUUGGGAACGGCCAGCCGCUGAGGGCCCAGUGCGACAUGUCGCCGCAGCAGGUGGAGAGUCCCAGUAACGCCCUGGAGGGCGUACAGACUUGUUGCCAUGGGGACCACCACAGCAGCGGCAGCUCCCAGACCAGCGUCCAGAGCCAGGUCCACGGUCGGGGGGACGGCAGCUCCGGGGGCUCGACGAAGGACACCGGCGAGGAGGCCAGUUCACCCACGUCCAAGCGCAAGCGGGUCAAGUUCACCACCUUCACCACCCUUCCCACGGAGGAGCUGCCCUACAACUCCAUCCCAAUCGCGGACGAAGAGGACAUUCAGUGGGUUUGCCAGGAUAUGGGCUUUCAAGACCCGGAGGAACUGCACGAUUACAUGCGCAGAAUAAAAGAAAUAGCCUGAGACGAGAGGCGCGGCACUGCUCUCGGCUUUCUAAAGAAACGUUCCUUUCUAUUUUUCUCUUUUUCACCCGAGUGAAAGAUGACUUUUUCACGGACUCAAAGGCAGAGUGUUGUUUUUCGUUUAGGGUUUGUUUCAUUUAGUUUGCACAGUGCUGUAAUCUCAUACACGCUCACACAGACGAGUAAACGCCAGGACGCCAAAGACUUGCCCGAGCGCAUCGAACUCACUAGCGAAACCUGUAAAUUACGGCUAUAGGUGCGUCCCACUGGCGGGCUGAGCCGCGGCCACAUGUGACGGCUGCUCCGGCUUCACGUCUUCAGGAAUGCAUCCGAAGGCCUGAUAGGGACCGGAGCGGGGUGUUUCUACUGGCUCGCUGGGACUCUGCAUCACUGUACCUUCGCCAAACUAAGAGGCCUUUGAUGAACAAAAAAAGAAAAACUGUCAAAGACUCUCGUGAAAGUUGUGUUGAAAAUCAUUUUGUUUUUGCCAAAGUAGGAAAAAAUGUUCUUUUAAUGGCAAAACUUACUUCAUUGAUGUUCCUGGUGCAGCACAAUCAUGAUUUGUACUCAUUCCACAUUCAUUCCUUGCAUUUUUUCUACAUGUCAUUCGUCGUGGAAGGUUUGCCGUCCUGGCCUGGAGCAACUCUAAUGCCUUAUCAAAGCGGUCACAGUUCACCUCUUAUAUCAGUCACCCCCCCAUUUAAUCACCGCGGCUAGAGACGGUGUAGUAACGUACUACGAGCAUGAGGUAAACCCUGAGGAGAGCUCGUGUGAUGUGAGGCUGUCUGACAGUCUUUGCAUGGAACAUGAAACCGAGGCACAAUCAGCAACUUUUCCCAAAUCUGUAAAUGUUUGCAUCCUAAUUAAUAUAAUCAUCCGUGAACAUGACUGAAGUAAAUAUGCUACCAUGAUACACGCCAGGCCUACGUACAUGCAGACAUCCCUCACUACUGUGUAUAUACUGUAUCAAGCCAGAGUCGCCUCUGACACAGCGUUCCACGAGUCCCUUGCUCCGAGUUAGAGGAGCGAGACAGUGGUUUUCUAGUCUUGUGGUGAGUAGAGGGUUCCUGGACAGAACUGUAGCUUUUUAACACAUUGGUAUUAUAAACUGACUGUUGGACUUGGGGGUUUGCUAUGCAUCACAGCCGUAACAGAUCUAAUCUACUGAUGAGUUAUUUUCCUUCCUCCAGUUCGUCUGGCCUCCAGGAGAAUGAGACGCUUCAAAUGAUCUAGUCAGAAACACUCGCACUGAACACAACAGCCUCCAAACGCUUCAGGAAAUGUCAUCUACCAUAAAGAAGAUUAAUGGAUAAAUUACUAAUAUAGCUUCUCCAUUGAAACCACGGGCAUCUCAAGCUGUUUUUAAACAUCUCCGUACAUCCCUGUUUUAUUUAAUCAUGUGGAGUUCACACAUUCGCUUCAAACAUCCUUCACGGGCGAUUCAAAGUGACUGGAAACGGCACAGCCGGAAUGUUUUGUGCUAAUUCCGUUGUGUGCUAAUUGCCGUGUUGAGCUUAUAAAGGGUGACUGACUUACACUCGAACAGAACUUACGAACCAUCCGGCUGGUUUAGCGAGGCCAUAAAGCACCUCGAGCGAGACUUCAACCAAACCACUGCAAGGUAGCAAAGAGACGUGUAGUGACCGAGAGCAUGACGACAGCAGAACUAAUAGUCCUUUUAUUCGCAGUUGCCAUGUUAGUGUAGCAUAUCUUUAGCAGUCGACUGGAUGACUGGAGACUGGAGGCUGGUGUUAUUCCAGCUUCGAUCUCACAUUAAACUAUUUUUUUUUCUCCAGACUAAUGAAACAGCCGUGAGAUCAAAUGAAUAGCUUCUAUGUCAUUUUAUUUCUGUAUUGCAUCUAAGGGCUUGGAUUUUUAUUUAAUUUUAUUUGAUUCUAACCGAGUGACUGAGUUUGCUGAUCCCAGGAAAGCUACAUUUGUCACGACGCUCAGUCAAAAUGUACAUUUUAUUGCCAUUCUAUUGCUAAAGCCCCCGUCCAGGAUUGUUCUCCCUGCGGCUCCGUCACAAAUUCCAACCUAAUAGGACGAAACCUUUUGUGUUGUUACCGGAGAUCUGGAUGUGGCCAGUAAACACUGCUGUUAAAUGUGAGCUGAUGAUGGAACUUGUUUGCUUACAUUGCAUUGUACAUACUGGAGCAGAGCAGGCUUUACCGUGUCUCCUAACUACAGCAAACGUUGCUAUGAGAUUAAUUUAACCCUAUCUUUCCAUAUUCUUUAUGUAGAUAGACCUGUUUCUGGUCAAUUCACGAAUCCUGGACUGGGGCUUUAUGGAUUUGAUUUACUGCAUGCUCUCUCCAUGUUCCAUGUGGUUGAAAUAAUGACCUAAUUCUUCUGUAUAAUAAUAUCCAGUCUUUGUUAACAUCCAAGGAGAACGUGGGACAUUAUUUCUGACAGUCCAAGCCCGUGCUUUAGCCACAGCAUCCACGUGACUUGCCAUGAAAUUGGGGGUAAAAUAAAAAUGUAAGUGUUUCAACCUGAUCCGAUCGUCUCUCAGGAUGAAUGUAGGAUUCCUGACCAAACCUGGCGCUUUUGUUUAGAGUGUUUUACAUACGACCAACUCGACCUGGCAGAAUUAAUGGACGGUAGACAAGUGUCUAAUAGCAGCUUCUGCACCCUUUUAAUGUUUUCCACUUUCCCCCUGAUAUGCUCACAGUACAUCUCAAAACCUCCUCCUGCUGCUAAUAGAAACUUGGCCCUCUCAACACAUGUACCGUGACUGAAGAUCUUCUAUUGUAUUUUCCCGGCCCCCAUGGAAAACUCUGCACGAGGUGCACGGCCCGGCCCGGCCCGCUGUGCCAAGCAACCAACACACUGACUAUAACGAGUUAAUGUACAGAGCACUGUUAAAUUUCCUGUAUCCUCUUGAAAAACAAGCCCUUGUAUUUUCCCGUUAUCUGUAAAGUACUAAAGAAAAUGCAAUACACAAA